CAAUCCUCCAACAACCAACCAUGCAAUCCAACAAAGAAACCCCCAUACCACCCCAAAUUAACACCAAUACAAGUCCUACAACGCACGACCCCGUCCUCACACCAGACGAUGAAGCGUUCUUCCGGCGGAUCAUGUCGCGACCCGAUGCCGCGGGGGGUAAUGCGGUGAUGGCUGACGCCCCGAGCCCGGUCGCGCAGGACGCGGAGGAAUUUGGCAAGAAGUUUGGAGAGCAGCAGCGAAAGGCGACAGACUUGGAGGAACAGGAGAAGGGUAAUAAUAAGGAUAAAAAUAAAGAAAAUAAAGAGCAGGAGACUGGGCCUGCGGAGGGGAAGAAAAAGCGGUGGAGCUUGAAUUGGCCGUGGGGAAAGGGGAAGAAGAAGGCAGAGAAAUCAGACAAUGCAAUCGAAGCUCCCGAUCGCGCUUCGAAAGACAAGGAUGCUACCGAAGAUCAAUACCAACCGCAACAGCCGCAACAAGCAGAAGCAGCGAAAGAAGCAGAAACACCAGCACCAGCAGAUGAACCAGCAGACAGCGAAAUGGCCGAAAUUCUCGAACAACUUAAUCUCGCCGCAGAAAACAACCGCGUCUUCUCCGCCAGCGACGAAAUGCAGGAACUCCUCCGCAAGUUCAAGCUCAUCUUCAAAGACCUCAUCAAUGGUGUCCCAACCGCUUACCAUGAUCUUGAAAUGCUUUUUAAGAACGGCAACAACCAGCUCCAGGACACAUACUCGAAGAUGCCUACCUUCCUACAGAGAUUGAUUGAGAAACUGCCUGAGAAAUGGACCGAAUCUUUAGCGCCAGAGGUUCUGGCUGCGGCUAGUGAAAGAGCCACAAAGAGCGGAGUCAAUACGGAGAAUGUGGCCAAGGCUGCUGCGGCAGCUGACAAGAUGGGACUGAAGAUUCCCAGUUUGAAAGAGCUGGUGGGGAAACCAGCUGCCAUUGUUGGGAUGUUAAGGUCGAUUGUGGCUUUCUUGAAGGCACGGUUCCCAGCGAUUAUUGGUGUGAAUGUUCUCUGGUCAUUGGCAUUGUCCAUCCUUCUAUUCGUCCUCUGGUACUGCCAUAAACGCGGACGCGAAGUUCGUCUAGAGAACGAGCGUCUCGUCACCGAGGAAGAGAUACGGAAGAUGAAUGAGCAGAUGGCAUCGGAAGAAAGACCUAUCCGGGCUACUGAGACGUUGACUACAACUGCUCCUCCGGGUGCUGCAACCGAUUUGAUCCGCGACGGCGUUCGAGAAGUCGAGCAGACGCGGGAGACAGUCCGAACCAGCACUGCAAAUCCUCAGCAGGAAGCCUCCGGGCAGGGAGCUGGCGAAGAAGUCGCUGGCCAACAGGCGACUGGGACAGAGGCGGAAAAUGGAAAUACUGCCCCGGUUCCGACACGGUCCAAGUCAAGACUUUCGAUCUUUUCGCGGUCAGGAAAGAAGACGUCUAAGGCUGAGCCGUACCCGGGGACUUGAUCUCUGUAUAUAUGUUAUUGGUAUAUAGUUGUUUGGCUAUGAGAUACCCAAUUGCUGAUAUGAUAUUAAGCCAUUGACCUCACUGCGGGGUGCAGAUGAGCAUGGUCCAAUCGGAUCGGCGUUGACCUGCAGAUCAUGGAAUGUGCAUGCAUAAGCAUGCAUGGAUACAAGUUUUAUGACAACUCAUCGGAGGAUUUAGGAUACGACACCUCGGGAACAGUUACAGAGUACCUACAUCUUGAACAGAGUGCUCCGUUCUAUGUAAAUGAUUAUUGUAAAUGUAUAGCUGUCCUCAUACUCAAAAUAAACCGGUAAGGAACGGCGCCACUCGGGAUGUGGGUCUACCUCGGC